CGAAAAAAUUUAAAUAAAAACAUUAGGGAGACCUAUGCCUGAUUUGAAAUUAAUACAAGUCAUUAAAAAGAAAACACGUCAAUUUACGCGUUCAUUUACCAAUGAUACUUACACGAAGUAUAAUAAUUGGCUCUGUGGUUAUGAUAAACGUAAUGCAGUUUUUUGUUUUUCGUUUUUAUUAUUUGGUGGAGAAAUGGUAUGGACCAAAAUAGGAAUGAUAGAUUUAAUUCAUUUAAAUGAUCGAAUGAAAAAACACGACUUAACUGUUAAACAUAUGAAUAACACCUUGAAUUUACCAAUUUCAGGUAAAACAAAUAUUCUUUCAAUGUUGGAUAGCAGUUACAGAAGAGGUAUAGAGCUACACAAUGAAAAAGUUUCCAACAAUCGAUACAUUUUGAAUGUAACUAUUAAUUGCAUUAGAUUUUCUAGCGCUUUCGAAUUAGCAUUGAGAAGGUAUGAUGAAAAAGAUACAUCUUUGAAUCCAGUAAUUUUUCGUAGUUUUGGACGAAGUUGUUCACGACGUUUGCCUAAAGCAGCUCAAACAAGAUGGAAUUUUCAUUCUAGAACAGUAAAUAUUGUAUUCGAGUAUAAGGAAGAAUUAAUUACUUGCAUGGAAAAAAUAAUAAGUGAUGAAUCCAUUAAACAUAUACCUACUAUUGAACAGGCAUCGCGACUAAAAAGAACAUUACUUGAUAAUACAUUUAUUUAUUGGCUUACAAUUUUUCACAAUAUCAUGCCUCAUGUCGAUAUAUUGUAUAGUCAAUUGCAAAAAAGAGAAACUGAUUCAACAACUGUGAAAAAUAAUAUUGAAAAUUUUAUUAGAGAUUUUCAAAAUUAGAAACCAAAUGGGAACGUUAUGUGAAGGUAAUUUUGAACAAAGUGGUAAUAAAAGAAAACACAGAGAAGGCGAACUAAAACGAGAAGCAAUUGAAGUGUGUGAUAAUAUUAUAUCUCAAAUAAAAGAAAGAUUUGAUUUUACUGGUCAUCUGGUUGCUUAAAAUUUAUUUUUGGCCGAUAAUUUUGAAAAAUAUAAUAAGCAUUUUCCAGAUGAUUAUUUUAAUGAAACUAUAAAUGUACAUCCAUAUUUUGACACUAAAAAACUAAAAACCAAGUUACAAUUAAUCUAUAGCAGAACUGAAUUUAGAUCCAUGAGUGGAACUGUUUCAUUAUUAUCAUUUAUACAAUCUGAAAACCUUACUGGUACAUUAGGUGAGAGCAUGAAGCAGUUAAAAAUUAUUAUUACAAUACCAAUGUCUAAAGCGGAAUCAGAAAUGUGUUUUUCUACAUUAAAAAGAAUCAAAACAUUUUAAAGUAAUGCAUCAAGAAAAAUUAUUGGUGUUAGCAAUGCUAUCCAUCGAAAGAAACUUUGUAAUGAAUAUAACUGAUUUCAAUAAUAAAGUCAUAGAACAACAAUUUGCCAAUUCCAAGGAGAGAAGAAUUGACUUUAUAUAUAAAAAUAUUUAAUUUUUUUGUGUACCUACUUUUUAUAAUUAAUUAUGACACUGUUGCUUAUUG